AUGAUGUCAACACAAUCUCCAACACAAAAUCGACAACAAUCAACAACAUACGAUGAGCGUGUAUUUAAUGAUCGUAUUCGUCAAUUAUUUAAUUCGAUCGAUUCAUCUUCAGUAUCUCAUUCUUCUUUAUCAUCACAUGGUGAUGUUGGUCAUAUGACAUCUAUUGUUGAUGCUCUUUUUCCUGAACAAACUUCAUUUCAUCAACAAAGAGAACAACGUCAUGCAUCAACAAAUGACCUUACAACUGCUUUCGAUCGGUUUUCAUUAUGGAAUAGUAAUACUAAUACUACUACUAGUAAUAAACAGAAUAGUUCAGCAUCAGCUUUCUGUGGUGGUACAACAAAUGGUUCAUCAGUAUUCGCCAAUCGACGUCAAUCAAAAUUACAUAGUUCAUCACGUUCAUUACGCAAUGCUAAUUAUCAUUGUCAACAGCAACAACAACAAAAUCAUUAUCGACCACCACCACUUACUCGACCUCGUUUUACUUCAUCGAUAGUACGUUUACCAUCAGCGGUAGCAACAACUUUUCAUAAUAAUAAUAAUAGUAUUAACGGUCUUCAACGAUCAUCAUCAUCAUUGUCGACGAAUAAUGGUACAUGUGGUACAACUGAUUAUCAACCUCGUUUUGCUAGUCGCCUGUCAAGUAGUCGAUUACCUACAGUCGCACCACCUGUAGGAUCUCACGAUCAAAUAGCAGGUAAUGGUAUUGCAAUAGAUCCAAUAGCUCCACCAUCAUCAGCAUCUACUAUUGGUAUGAUGAGUCAACCAUCAUUGGCUUCUGCUGGGCUUGCUCGCAGUAAUUCAUCAACAAAUACUCAACCACAACAAUUUGUUACUAUGACACAAACAACAACAACAACAUUUUGUUAUGUACCUGCUUCUGGUUCACUUGCUUAUAAUAAUUUAUCGGGUACAAAUCGAAAUUCAACGGUUUCUCAUCAAUAA